AUGGCCAUUCCUACAGCGCAACAAGCGACCAACGGCCACGCAGAGACCAUAAGCAAUGGACAAACGAACGGCGGUACAGCAGAUGCUCCCAACUACGCCAGAGGUACACUCGGUCUCUCCGCUGAAGCGACGCCGACACCUCACCCCUGUUCCGUACCCUUGAACCCCCAGUAUGGGUAUACGCCACGCAAACUGCGCGUCAUUACUAUCGGCGCAGGCUUUUCCGGCCUCCUGAUGGCCCAUAAACUGCAGCACAGGUUUUCAGAGCUUCAGGAAUUUGUUACGCACAAGAUCUUUGAGAUGCGCAGCGACGUUGGCGGGACAUGGCUUGUUAAUACAUACCCAGGAGUGCAGUGUGAUGUUCCUGCACACAUCUACGCCUUUCCGUUUGACCCAAACCCCAACUGGAGCAGGUUCUAUUCCUCGGGCCCCGAGAUCCAGCGCUACAUCAAAGACACUGCCGCGAAAUGGCACCUCGACCGGGAUGUUUAUCUAAACACGAAGGUCGUUGGCGCACGAUGGAUCGAGACUGAGGGGGUCUGGAGAGUCACAGUCGAGCACAACGGCGUCGCUCGCGACGAGUAUGCAGAGAUCCUCAUUUCAGGGCAGGGGGUGCUGUGCCAUCCGUCGUGGCCGUCCAUACCUGGCUUGCAUGAUUUCAAGGGCAAGAUUGUGCAUUCGGCAGAAUGGGAUCAUGAGUUUGACUAUUCCCACAAAAGGAUUGCCGUCAUUGGCAACGGAUCAAGUGGGAUCCAGAUUACGCCCCAGAUGGCCCAGUUGCCAGGGACAGAGGUGGUCAACUAUAUGCGCUCGGCUGCUUGGAUCUACUAUCGCGUCCCUCCGUCGAAGCACCUGGGCAGGGAGACAGAUGAGGUCAAUCCAGCCUACGCGGAGGAGGACAAGAGGAAGUUUCAAGACCCGCAUGUGCAUCGCGAGUACAGGAAGGGAAUCAUCAAUCGGACGAACAAGGCCUUUAAGCUGUUCCUCAAGGGAGAGAAUAAUGAAGAAGCAGUCCGCUUUGGCACUGAACAAAUGGCCUCGAAGCUCAACUACGACCCUGAGUUGUGCCGCAAACUGAUCCCCAAAUGGGAGGUCGGUUGUCGCCGCGUCACCCCGGGUCCAGGAUAUCUGGAGUCAUUCUCGAGACCCAACUGCAGCCUGAGUGAUAGCCCAAUCACCAAGAUCACAUCCAACGCGGUGCAUACUGCGGACGGCAAGGUUUUCGAGUGCGACGUGGUUGUUUGCGCAACGGGAUUCGAUGUCUCGCACCGUCCCAGGUUCCCGCUCAUUGGAUUGAACGGGGCAAAUCUUGCUGAAAAAUGGGCAGAUGAACCAGAGUCGUAUCUAUCGGUGGCGACGGCUGGAUUCCCUAACUACUUCAUCUUCACGGGUCCAAACUCUCUCGGUGGGCACGGGAGUCUCGUCGAAGCCCUGAACUGGACAGGAGAUUACUUUGUGAAAUGGAUCAAGAAGAUCGCGACGGAGGACAUCAAGUCCGUGGUUCCUAAGAAAUCAGCCGAGGAGGCAUUCGUGCGGUAUGGAGACGAGGUGCACAAGACGAUCGUCUGGACUGGCGGCUGCAAGUCCUGGUACAAGCGCAACAAGACGAACGGCCGGGUGACGGCACUCUUUGGCGGCUCGGCGCUGUUGUUUAAUCGGCUCAUUAGCGAGUUACGCCCGGAGGAUUUUGAGAUUGAGUACCGGAGUGUCAAUAGGUUUCGGUUUCUGGGGAACGGAUUCAUGGAGUAUGAGACUGACCCGGAGAGCGAUCUGGCGUGGUAUGUCGAAUUGCCGGAGCCCUUACGGGCGUAA